GGUGGUGGAUGUCCGGUUUGUUUCCGCACCCCCCCCUUUUUCCCGAGCGGAAUGGAACAUCCUGAAAGCGGUCUGGCUCUCGGAGCAGCAGAGUUGCAACUGACAACAUCGCAGGGGGGCAACUUCUCUUCUCUCCACUUCACUUCACCGGCGCACAGCGCAAGUUGUGCGACACGGAGCCACUACGUGGCCCUUUGUAAAUACCCAUCGUCGUCUUUUUCUUAUUUAAAAGCAAUGUGCAUUUUGAAUUUGUCCAAUUUCGUUUGAGGGGGACACAGAAAAACGCGGCUUGAAGUGGCAGGCUGUUUUUUGGGGGGUUAUGCUUCCUCAGUCUGCUAACAAAGAGCACAGAGCGAGAAUCCUAUUCGUCAUUUCCCAUCUGAAGACAUGUUGUGCUGGACUCUGGCUCACUGGAAAGCGCUGCUGCUGACCGUGCUCCUGUGGGACCACCUCUGUGCUCUGGGACUGAAACCCACGAGAUGGCCGCUGUAUUCACAAAAGCCUCUGCUCCUCGCUUGGAAUGCCCCGACCGAGGACUGUGGCCCGCGGCACGGUAUUCGCUUUCAGCUGGACCUUUUCCAGAUUGUGGCCUCUCCCAAUGAGGGUUUUGUCAGGCAGAACCUCACCAUCUUCUAUAAGGACCGCUUAGGCUUGUACCCCUACAUUGAACCAGAUGGAACGACGAUCAACGGGGGGCUGCCGCAGAUGGCCAGUCUUACCAAACACCUGGAUAAGAUGCCGGAAGGUGUGCAGAAAUACAUAAGGGAAUAUGGGGCGAAGGGUCUGGCCGUCAUCGACUGGGAGGAGUGGCGCCCGCUCUGGGUACGUAACUGGGAGACCAAAGACGUGUACCGCAGUUAUUCCCGCGAGUUUGUUCGUCAGAAGAACCCCACUUGGCCCCCGGAGCAGGUUGGAAAAGUGGCCCUGCAGGAGUUCGAGAUGUCCGCCAGGAAGUUCAUGCUGGAGACGCUGAGGUACGCCAAGAACCUGAGGCCCAACCAGCUGUGGGGUUUCUACCUGUUCCCCGACUGCUACAAUCACGACUACGUGCGCACACUGGAGAACUACACGGGCCGCUGUCCCGACGUGGAGGUGUCCCGCAACGAGCAGCUGAAAUGGCUGUGGAUGGAGAGCACGGCCCUCUUCCCCUCCAUCUACAUGGCCGCGGCGCUGCGCUCCUCAGAGUCCGGCCGCCAGUUUGUCCGCAACCGAGUGAAGGAGGGGAUGCGCCUGGCGUCGUUCGGCGACGGGUUGGCCCGUCCCGUCUUCGUGUACGCCCGGCCCACCUACACCAACUCCCUGGAACGGCUGACGGAGACCGACCUCGUCUCCACCAUCGGGGAGAGCGUGGCUUUGGGGGCAGCCGGGAUCAUCAUGUGGGGAGACGCGGCUUACACAAGCAGCAGAAACAGCUGCUCUGACCUGGACUCUUAUCUGCGGGGCGCGCUGAGUCAAUACCUCCUCAACGUCUCCACGGCAGCCGAGCUGUGCAGCCAGACUCUGUGCGCCUCUCGCGGCCGCUGCCUGCGCCGGAACCCGGACAGCGACGCGUACCUGCACCUGAGCCCCGCCGGCCACCGUAUCCUCACGCCGCCCGGCAAGCCGCCGGCCGUCGUCGGCGAGCUCGUCAGCGCUGAGAAGGGGCGUUUUCAGAGCCAGUUUCAGUGCCAGUGCUACAGCGGCUACCAGGGAGAGCGCUGCGAUCAGACCGACCCCCUGCACCAGCGAGCGGCGGCGUCUCAAGUCGCGCCGUGUGCGGCCUUGCUGGUCGUCUCCCUGCUCCUCCGUUAGUGGCUGUGGUCUGUAGGUCUGGUCUGCAUGUGGGGAAUUCCGAGGAGUGUCCUUUUUUAUUCUAUUCAUUUGCUGUAAGACAUGGAUGACACAACGUGAAAUUGCAAAAGAAACACUGUUGGACAAAGUUACAGUUUGUUUCAAAGUUGUAAUCUUUUUCUCAACAACGCGGGGCUCGCUGGAAGUGACCUUGUUUACACGACCGGGCUCUCGGUUUCUUCCCUGUUCAGUUUGAUAAGGUGUUUAAAUUCUGCGUUUCUCAUAGAAAGGACAUCUUUUGGAGGGUGUGGGGGCGGGUUGUGUGAGGAACAAGUAAAUGUAUGUCUGGUAAAAGUGGAAAUGAUGCACUUAAGUAGUAAUAGCACACUAUACAUUUGAAGUGCCUGAUGUUUUUUCAACAUGUCCUCUGACAUCUGAUGUUUUUCUGGAGGCAAUCGCCGUGUUACUAUUUAUUUGAAUGUAUUUGUGGGUAUUUUAUAUGAUAUUUGUGUCCAAAUCAUGACUACUAGCUUUCUUUCAAAACAGUCUUUUCUGUAUUACAGAAACUAUUUUAUGUCACAAUGUAAAAAGCAAAUCCUGACACUUUGUAUGUUCCACAAUGGCUCCUUACACAACCGCCUCUCUGUGGUGAUUUCUAAACUUUGACUUUUGUCCAAGUAAGUAAACUUCACUGUUAAUGUC